UAGUUUUCAUGUACGGUAAUACUUGUCGUAAAUCAGUUGGUUAGCUUGUAUAUUUAUUGUUUUCUUUUGAUUCUACAAUGUGGAUUAAUAAAUAAAUAAAAAAUCAUUCUCGCGGAAAUAAAAUCAAGAUUUCAACCCUAGUGUUUAAACUAUCACAAUAUCAAUACUGUUUUGAAGAUGGAGACCUCUAACAACACAGACGCCGUCAACCUUGGUGUUGGUGAAGUGGAAGCAGAAAUCGGAGAGGAACUCAAACAGUUAGAGGAAGGUAAAGAUUAUGAUACACGCAGUGAAGUAUCUAGUUCUUCAUCAAGUGGAUCAAGUUCACCAAGCAUAAGUUCUGCCAGCACUAAAUCCAAGGAAAGUCGUGUGAUCCGCAAACGUUCCAAGUCCAAAAGUCGUUCGCCUGUAGGAAGAAAGCGCAAGUGUGUCCGUAGCACAACAAAUGUGAAAACCUACGAUUAUAUGACAAAAUUGAACUACUUGUUUCGAGACACACGAUUUUUCCUGAUAAAAUCGAAUAAUGCAGAAAACAUAACACUUUCAAAAGCAAGAGGAGUGUGGUCCACUUUACCACAAAAUGAAGCCAAUUUGAAUCAAGCAUACAGAGAGUCUCGCAAUGUAUUGCUAAUAUUUUCGGUCAAAGAGAGUGGGAAAUUUGCUGGUUUUGCUCGGUUAGGAAGUGAAUCACGACGAGAUGUACCACCAAUAUCAUGGGUGCUACCCCCAGGCCUUUCAGCCAAAGUACUUGAUGGAGUUUUCAAAGUUGACUGGAUUUGUCGAAAAGAAUUGUCAUUUAAUAGUACCUUGCAUCUUUACAACCCAUGGAAUGAAGGUAAGCCCGUCAAAAUUGGAAGAGAUGGGCAAGAAAUAGAACCAAAAGUUGCAGAAGAGCUAUGUAGGCUGUUUUCGGAAGAUGAAGGUAUUGAAAUGACUCCUAUUUUACGGAAGUCUAAAGAGGCAUCAAAAAAAUCAUAUGUUAAAAGUGGAGGUAACUAUCGAACAUAUCGUGCCCCAUUGGCUUUUAGAGGCUCAUCAUUUCGACAUAGAUUAGGUCCAAGAAAUAGGAGAAAGAUAUACCAACCACCCAGAAAUCGAGUUACAGGCCCUUAUAAAAGAAGGUCACCUUCUCCAUAUUUACGGGAUCGCUUUCCAAUGUGGUUUGGACGUAAUCGUGAAAGUUACAAUAAUACAAGUUCAGCAGCUGCAGAAGCCUAUGUAGCAGAGUAUAUGCGAUCCAUGCAUCAUCAAUUGCCUCCGUUACCAUAUGUUGCUCCUCCAGGUUUCAGUGGAGCUCUGACACCAUAUGACGGUAUACCACCACCACCUCCACCCCCACCUCCACCUCGCUACUAUGACCUUGCUGAAUAUCCUCGUUCUGUUCUUCUUUAUGAUAAAAGAUCUUAUGAACGGUCAGUAGAUGAAUUUUUAUGGCGAACUGCUGAUCGAUCUCGGGGGCGAAGUCGUGAACGUGAAUCAAGCAGGUCUUAUCGUGAUCGACGCUAAGUUUUUUAACGUCCAUGUAUUGAUCUAUUUUAUUAUUACUAAAUAAAAAGUUGUGCUAGAACUGUGAACUUUUUUCAUGAAUAAGUGUUGUGAACUUUUAUACACGGACAACCAUUUGCUUUGAACAUUUUUUUUAAAUGGGUUCGAAGUGAGAAUAUUGAAGUGAUUUUGAAAUUAUUAUUUUGAUGGGUCUUUGAAUGUGCUGUGUUUAUUUAACUGGCCAAAAGACAAUUUACUUAAAUGGACAUGUGUGAUUUUUUUCAGGUCAUACAUGAUAAUGUAGGUUAACUCCAUCAUAUUAGAAUUUUAAUAGCAACUGAAGAGUUGCAAAAAGUAUCUGUGAUAUCUGUAUUAAAAAUAAUUUUAGAUACAAUUUACUCAAUGAAAACCAAAGAAAUAAAUCGUUUUUGAACUUUAAUUAAACUACAUUUUAUAAUGAAGUCCAAUAGGUUAACAAUCAUGAAUAUACCCAUAGUUUCCAUUGAUCAAUUAGAUAUGUUUUAUUUUGUUGUUAAUACUGUACUGUAAAAAAUGACAAAGACUUGGCCAUUGGGAUCCAAGACUACAUAAAGUGCAUCUAUCUGAUGAUCAUUUCUAUAUGAAUGGUAAUAAUUAGACAAUCAUUAUGCAAGUGUAACAUUUUUAUAUGCACACAGGUGCAUUAUGUUUGCAGUGCAUGUAUGUAUUGAAUUAUUAAACCACGAAAUUGAUAUGUGAAGUGCUUACCACAUAAAAGGUUUUUAGACAGAAGCUAAUGUUAUAAAUGAUUUUAUAUUUGUUAUGUACUGUCAAUUGAUUUAAUAUUUAAUACUUCUACAUUGAUAACUAAUUGACAUUUAAAAUAUUUUAAAAGCGCGAGAUUGCAAAGCAAGACCAGCAAAAAAACAAGUCCCUAUAUGUGUAAAUAUUAAUGAUGCGCAAAAUGUAUGCAUAUAUCUUUAGAGCGAAAUAAUAUGUAUCUAUCACUCAUUUAGCUCACUAACUCAGUGAUCCAAUUCAAUUGAUUGGUCUCUCAAUUAAAUCAUUUCUUCAUCUUGAUCAUUUAGUUCAGUAUACAUAUAUCACUCACUUUGUAUUGGAAUAUUUACAAUGUUCAGUUCAGUUUGUAACUGUCAGGGCCUAUAUAUUAUAUACACUUACUAAUACACAAUAUAGUUUAUUUACACUCUUUUAUGAUUAAACAUUGAAUAUUUACAACAUGCAGCUUACCAUAGAACUAAACACUUUAAGAAACUUUUUUAAAUAUAUUUUUUUAUAUAGCAUCGCAUUAUUCCAACAAUUAACUUCGCAAAUUAAUGGCUACCUUUUUAUGUAAGACUAGAGCAAAUAUAAAUUUAGUUUUAAACAUACAUGAGUUAUGUUAAGCUUUGCCCCUAUAGAAAUAAUGUACAUUUUUCCUUGACAAUCUAAUAUAUCGAAACGAAAUUAGCGGGAAGUGAACGGUCAUUUUCGUCAGCCGGCCACACAAAUUCACACAAUACAUCUAUCUCACUCAUUCUUUUUUCUUUCAUUCGCUCAUCAAUUCACGAUACAUUCAUAAGACAAAUGAGUUAAAGUAGAAUUAUUUUGUCCGUGCAGUAUGGGUUAUAAAACAUAGCCCGGCUAGGGC